GGCGGAGCCUCCGGCUUUCGCACUCUCCCACAACCUCUCUGGCCACUCGGCUACAGCCUCGGCUCAGAGCGGCUUCGGGAAGCCCACCUCUCUCCCCCCUCCCCCGCCGCGCCUCUGCUUCCUUCCCUUGCAGACCUGACUGAAGCGCUGGAGGGGGGGAAACGGGCGCUGCUGAGAAUACAGCGAGGGAAAGCCCCGGCGCAGCCGCACAGGCGGCUGCAGCCACGCCGGAGGUCCGCAAAAGACCAGCAGCCCACCGUGCACGGCCUGUCAGCCAUGAGACGACUCUUACUAGUAAUUAUCCUGGCUGCUGGUGUAAUGUAUGUUAUUCUGCACGGCAAUCUAUGGAGGACAAACGGCAACUGGUUUCCCCAUAUAGACGUCGAAAGAAAGGAGGAACUAAUAACUUGUGCUUUCAGAUCCAAUAUUUCAACCUUACUAAAUGUAAAUAAACUGUAUCCCUUUCUGUGUGCUGAAAAUUUUCUGGAAGUGUCAGAGUUCCAUGGAAGUCACAGGAUUGAACUACCUUAUGGAGUAAAGAAAGCAGAAAGGUAUUUUCAAUUGGCACUUUCAAGACUGCAGAACUGUGAGCUGUUUGAAGAUGAUGGCAGUCCCCCUUGCAAAAAAUGUGUGGUUGUUGGCAAUGGAGGUGUUCUUCGAAACAAGAGUCUAGGAGGGACAAUUGAUUCCUAUGAUGUGGUAAUCAGAAUGAAUAAUGGCCCUGUUAUCGGCUAUGAAGAUGAUGUUGGAAGAAGGACAACGUUCCGGCUUUUUUAUCCUGAGUCUGUUUUUUCAGAUCCAGUAGACUAUGAUCCUAACACAACCGCAGUUCUAGUUGUCUUCAAGCCUCAUGACUUAAAAUGGCUUUGGGACCUGUUAAGUGGCCAGCGUUUAAUUAGAACAAAUGCCUUUUGGAAGAAACCAGCAAUGAGAAUGAUAUACAGAGCAAACCAGAUCAGAAUACUUGAUCCAGCCAUUACCAGAAGAGCAGCACAUGAAUGGCUUCAUUUGCCCACAAAGUUUGCAAAACCGGAAAAACCAAAGCAUCCCACAACAGGGUUGAUCGCCAUUACCUUUGCAUUACAUAUAUGUAAUGAUGUCCAUCUGGCAGGCUUCAAGUACAACUUCAGUGACCGAAACAGCGUCUUACACUAUUAUGGCAAUGACACCAUGUCUCUGAUGAUUCAGAAUGGAUACCAUGACAUUGCUGCUGAACAAAGGCUUUUGAAGGAACUCAUAGACCACAACAUUGUGAUCAACUUAACAGAAGAAUAAGAAUGGAAAAACAAUUGCUAUUUUUGCCAAGAUUUUUUUUCAUUUGGAUAGAUUUAUUUUUUUAAAAUGUUUAUAGCUCUCAAGAUAUUUAAGAAGAAACAUAUGGAAACCAUGCUAUGCAUGUCUCCCAGAUGUAACAAACGCAGCAGAAUGUCCCUGCCUUGAUGAUUGAUAUUUGAAUGGCAAGAACUAGAAUGGUUAACUGACAUGUGUGGGUUAAGAAAACUGACUAUUCCACUGUUCAUGGCUAGAAGAGAGAAGGGUUAGAGAAAGUAAAGCAUGUGGGGCCUCUAAGCAAAGAGUCUUGUAAGACAGGAUAUCAUACAUGCUGUUUAGAAGAAGGCUAAACACACACAGUUCUCCAAGAAGACAGCACAUUCAUGGAUGAAGCCAGGAGUGGUGAAGUAGAUAGACUAUCAUCUGGGAGACCCAAAUUCAAAUCUCUACUUUGCCACUGAAGUUCACCAGAUGACCUUGAACUAGUCAGUUUCUUUGAACCUAACCUACUUCACAGGGUGAUGGUGGUGAUGGUAAAAUGGAGACAGGAACAAAGAUAGUGUAAGUUACCUGAGGUUCCAUUAGGGAGAAAAAGUGGAUGUACUCACAAAGUGGAUGUACUCACAACAUUAGCUUUAAUGUUUAAUUAGCUUUAAAGCUAAUGUAGGAAUAACAUUUGUGGCCAGAUGCUGUUAAUCUGAAUCUUCUAUGAUUAGACAUUUAUAUUACAGAAAGAAAUCUCCUUUUAAUUAGUGGAACCACAAAGCAAUUGAGUUAUCAGGAUAUCAUGGUCUGAAAACACUUUAUAAUGGCUCUGAACCUGAUACAUUUCUCUCCAUUUUGGUUCAGGUCCAUGUAAUUAGUCAGUUCAUUUUUAUCCUGCCACUUAACUCAAGGUGGUGUACAUGGUUCUCUCCUCCAUUUUAUCUUCACAAUAGCCCUUUGAGGUAAGUUAGGUCAAAAGAGUGACUGGUUACCCAGUAGGAAGCAUGGCUGUGUUUCUGCAUGAGUGUGUUAAUGCAGAUGUCUCCAAGAGGCUGCAGUAGUUGCUGAAAGCAUAAUCUGGAGGCCCCUGUCACUUUUAGUUCGCAAUAUCUGCGAUACCUAGUACCUAGGAUGCUCCUUGCAAGCAGCUAGUAGUUCAUAACAUGAGAACCUAUAAUCAUCUGAUACAUCUUUGUACCUAAAAAGAAAGCACUCCACCCCCAAAUUCUGUGCUGUAAUAAUGUCUAGACACAAGGCUGAGAUUCAUGUCAGGGAAAGGAGUCCUAAAAGCUGAGGUGUUCUUUAAAUGUUGAACCAUUGACAUGGUUUGUCUUCAUAGUUGCUACCCAAUAUCUGCUUUAGAUCCUUUAAUCGGGAUCUAAAAUUAAUAAAGAUGAUACUGUAAGAUUUCCCCAAAUGGAUCUUUCACCUUAUAGUCUAAUACAUUGAUUUUAACAGAUUCAAAGCAAGGAAAAACUAACAAAUUUGGCCCACCCUUCUUCAGUGGUGUACAAGCGAUUCUCUUUGUUGCUCUGAGUCCCAUCUGGUUCAUGUCUUAGGUCAAGCAACUAAACAGCUGCAAUUACAGCAUUGAGGAUUGGCAAACUUCAAUUUUUAGAGUGUUCCAGGAGCAAAAGACGCAAUUCAGUGUCACACCAUAUGUAUUACAGAAGGUCAUGUGAUUUUCAUUCAUGUCUGUCUGCUGUGUGGAUCAGCAAAACUGCAGUAUAUUUUCCAAUGCUGUCUGCAUAUUAGGGGUUGUGUCCAACCAUUCCACUCUGGGCCAAUAGAGCCUUCCGCCAAUGCUAGAGAGACUCUUCUGGUGGCAGAAAAGCAUCAUGCAUCAGAAGCAAGCUUUUGCAUUGUUGGGAUACCAUUGUUGAGUGGAGUUGAUAGGAUAUACCCCCAGGAAUAUGUGAAUACAAGUAUUUAAUUGGAUAGGUGCAUGUGAGAGCAUUACACAGAAGUCAAGAGGUGAUAACAAUUCAAACAUAUUGACCCAUAUUACAAUGUUUCAUGGUUAUGCUGUUUCUAUCAGUGGAAAGCUCUGAAAUUCAGGUCAUCUUUAAAAUCAUAUUCCUGAGUGUAUAAACUAAUGAUGAUGCCUUAAUUGUGCCAAAAUAACCAGCCUGACCACAAAAUCCUCACCAAAGCUUUGCUCCAAAUCUUUCCUUAAAUGCUGCUAUUCUUUCUUUUUUCUCCGUCUUUGUUUACCAGGUUUUCCUCAGCACAAGCAGUUGCAAGAGCAUUAUGGCAUUGCAUAUGGUUUCUGGAUGCUGAUUGUCAAGGGACAGUAAAACCAUAUUACAAAAAAAGGACACCCUGUGUCUGAAUAAUUAAUAUUUCUCAAGAAAGUGUUAGGAAGGUUCUGGUUGCCAGUUUACUUUAUGGCAGGGCUUCUUAGGUUUUAACAGAUAGCAGGCAGAAAUCAAAAGGCUUUUCUGGCACUGAGAGGCCCUGAUUUAUGGCAGUGAUGGGGAAACUUCACUUGCUGAUUUCUGCCUGUUUCACAGGCCACAGCGAGGGUGGGGGAUGUGACAAUCCAAGUGGGUGCUGUAUCUCAUGGCUUGGAUUCUAAGCCUUGCUUCUGUUUAUGCCCUUCUUCCUCCAUGACGGAGGUGGUCCUCCACUGCACAGCCUUCCCCCUAGCACAUGUUGCUUUUCAGCUCAUUGAAAGAUGCUGGUCUUGCAUGAAUGGAAGCUUGCAGCAGAGGAUUGUCCCCAUGGCAGAGGUGGAUGCAGUGAAAGCAGAAGGCAUACUUACAAGCCAAGGCCAUGCUUCCACUUCCUUCCUUUGAGACCCACAAUAUGUACCCAAAUUUAGCAGGUGAAUUUUUUCCAUUCAUGAAAAUAAAAUUAUGGUCAUAUUUUAACCUGUUUAAUUUCUGCAUGCCAAGUGCUGCAUAGAAGCAGAGCCAUUAAAAAGCGGAGUCCCUAUCACUGUUUGGCUCUGGAACUUUUUUCAGGAGUACAUCAGUUUAAAAAAGAAUCCUUACAGAAUCAUAUCCAGAGAAGCUAGGUGAUUAUGGAAUUCUUACAUGUGUAGACUUACUUGUUGAAUUUAUUUAAAUAUUAAAAGUCAUCUCAGAACUGACCCAUUAAUUUGUACCAUGGACAUUCUAAGAACACUUCCUUUAGACAUGCAACUUCUUUUGCAGUACACACUUAUAACAUUCAGUUGUCCUCAGGGUGGAUAAGUUAAAUAACUUAGUGAUUCUUUCAGAGGAAGAUGCUCCUGGAUCAAUUUUAUUUUCAGUUUUAAUCACAGUUUUCCAAUUAAAUAUAACACUUUUAAUGAAAUACUUUAAAGUUUCUUAACAGGUUUUAGCCCAUUUCAUGUACUACAUUUUUGGCACUCACACAUUACCUACUGAGAGAUAGAGCACUGUGAUCCCCUUAAUACAUGCCAUUGCCAUCUUAUUUUUCAGCUUUAGUGUGUAGUACCAGAAACCCAGUUUUGUUGCUUUCGCAUAUAUGGAAACUUAAAUAUACCCAUAUUGCCCGUUCAUGCAAAAUGGUGAUUGCACCUAUUGGGGUACACAAGGUAGGUGCUCCCAAAAAGAAAAAAAAGCAAAUGAUUAAGAAGGACAAUCUUCAUAAAAUUAAUCAAUGCACAGCCAUAACCAAUGCACAACCAUAAUAAUAAAUAUAAUCAAAUUACAAAAAAAUAAGAAUCAAAUAUGCAUCUAUAUACAAGAACUAUAUAUCACAAAUGUCCUGGGCUCAAAGCUUGUCUUGAAUCAGAUUUGGUAGCUUUUUAUUCAAAUGAUCAUCCCAUUUAUUCACAGGUGAAAACCCCAGUUUUUAAUACAAGAAUGGUAUCUAAUCUAAUAAAGAUUAAAAAAUAGUUGCAUCAUUGUAAAUUUGCCUCAUCAAUCCUGAGAAAGGAGUGGGGGGGGAAUCCACCCAAGUUGUGCCAUAAAUUCUUCUAACUCUUUCAGCCUCUUUGGGUAUAAUUCCAGUUCUUGUAUAUUGAUGUGUAUUCUUAGUGUUUUUGUAAUUAUAUAUAUAUAAAAUCACAAAAACACUAAGAAUACACACACACCUUGAUCUAUGUGAUUGUAUGAAGGUUGUUAGUUAUUUUUUCAUAUUUAUUGUUUAGAAUCCUUUUUGUUUCCAUGUUUGUUAUCUAGAUUUCCUAAAGGAUCUACUUUUGUUUCUUCUGCUUUUUCUCUUUGUGUAUGCCUGCCAGCCAGAAGAAAGAUUAUGGGCAAAGCAGAAAUGAGAAAUCUGAAGGGAAAGGACCCCCAUUUUAUCAAAACUGUUGAUAUACAACUAUAAACAGUGAGAAUGUUUGUAUUUCAUACUUUGCACAUACAAUUAUAAGCCAAAUUUACAUUAAAAUACAGCACUGAUUUUAGAAAGAUUGUUGACAUGUCAAUUCAUAGAUGACUGCCUUGAUUUAAUUUCCAAGUCUUAUCCGUCAGUUGUCUUGUACUGCAAAGUUAUUGUUUUCUAUUCCGAGCCACUCUUGAAUUCUACUUUUAAUAUCAGUACUGCGGUAGCUGUGUGGGUCCCAUAAUUAUGCAAAUAGUCUCAGGAGUAAUAACCAGUAUGACUCUGCUAGGUUUUCUCAUUCCUCCAGAUGCAAAAACAUUUCAAAAGGAUUCCUUCAAUUUCCCAUUUUGCGCUGUUUCAGUGUGGUGCUUCCUAGGAUUCAUGAACUGCAGCACCAACCCCUGGUGUAAUCCAGGGGGUAUUGCAUGAAAACUGGUUUUAUUUCUUAUCCAUCUCUCACUGAAGUCAAUAAGUAACAUUUGCCUUCAUAGGUUUUUAAGUUUGGGCUUUAAGAGAUGGAUUUAUCUGUGCCAUUUUUGUUUUCAAAAUUGGUUUGAUAAUUUAGAAGAAUCCUGGAAUAUGUGAAAAAACCCUGUAUUUCAGAUUUUCAGUCUUGAAUCAUUUGCAGAAUUGGGAAUUGAACUAACAUUGCAUUUGUGCAUAUCAAGCAAACAUGAUUGCAACCUAAAAUGCCCUAGUCUGGAGAGAGGGGAAAACAUGUGAUGAUAACUAUGACCAACUCCACUGUUGCUCUGCCCCCAGGCUUGUCGGAUCAAGCAUUCAAUUCUCCGCCAGUUGCUGCGCAGCCACAUUUUGAUCCAUGGUUCCUUCCAUUUUCCCUCACAUCUUCUUGUUUUUUAGUGAUCAAGUAGAAGUGAGGGAAAUUGGAGGGAGCCAUGGGUCAAAAUGUGGCCACGCAGCAACUGGUGAGGAAGUGAUAGCUUGAUCUGAUGAAAGCAGAAGCCUGGGGGUGGAGCAAUAGAUGUCUUAAUGCAAUAGAUGUCUCAAUGCUUAACAUGCUCAGUGUAUGUGUGUGUACACUUUAUGUAAAUUUAUGGGAAAAUGUAUCUUGAUAAAUGUAAAUAACUGUGGCACUUCAAUUUUGUGUUUGUUGUCUGUGGACCCAAAUUUGAGGGCCGAUUAUUAAUGUUUGUUUAAAAUUAUAAAGACUUAUUUUUUUUAUAAUAAACAUGUAAAAUG